GCACAACUGCGGGCGUUGUCGCCGAAUGAAUAUCAAAUUGGCGGGUGAUUUGUAAACACGCCGCGGUCGAGAAUACGUCCGGUGCACUCUCGAGCUCUACCUGUCAUCCCCAUCAAGCUCAAAAUCUCGCAUUCAGGUGUAUGUGCCGAGACAGAAAGGUGGUGUCGCACGCAAGCAACGACUUAACAAACUCUCACACGACGCGCUAUCGGAAUUUAAUUGUAACAAAUUGUAUUUUCGCGGAUAUCAGUUAAAUAUCAGGUGUCCUUUACUUAAUCUUAACCGUAAAGUGUACGUACGUUAUUGAAAAUGAAAACGGAUUACGCCAUGGAUGAGGUGCAGAAGAGAACAACUUCUAUUAUCGGGGUGUCGGACAUCACAGACAACAAGCUGAUCUGGCGGCAGGUGAUAGCCGAGCUGGUAGGCACGUUUCUACUCACCUCAAUCGGCGUUGCCUCUUGCAUCGCUAUCUCCGAGUCCAACGCACCAAAGGUCACCAGCAUUGCGCUCUGUUUCGGUCUCCUAGUCGGCUCUAUCGUACAGGCGAUCGGGCACGUGUCGGGCGGGCACAUCAACCCGGCGGUGACGUGCGGACUGUUCGUGUCGGGUGACAUCAAGCUGCUCAAGGCUCUGCUGUACGUAGUCGCGCAGUCGGUCGGCGCGGUCGCUGGUGCCGCCUUUAUCAGACUCGCCGUGCCCGAAAAUGUUGUGGGAGGCUUCGGUAUGACUCUGCCCGGACCAGGAGUUAAAGAUGGACAGGCUCUGCUGGUGGAGGCUCUGAUCACCUUCGUGCUCGUGCUGGUGGUGCAAGGCGUUUGCGACGGCCGCCGCACUGAUCUCAAGGGCUCCGCGCCGCUCGCCAUCGGUCUAAGCAUCACCGCCUGCCAUGCUGCAUGCAUCCCGUUCUCUGGCUCGAGCAUGAACCCGGCUCGCUCCUUCGGCCCUGCCCUCGUCAUGGGCGACUGGACUUCCCACUGGGUGUACUGGGUGGGUCCAAUCGUGGGUGGUGUGGGGGCCGGCCUAGUGUACAAGUUCAUCUUCUGGAUCGGCAAGAGCGGCGAGAGCGGCUCCUACGACUUCUAAGCGUCUCGAAUUCAAGCUAGUGCCUUAGCUGUAUCAUUUAACCUCUUGCUAAAAGCCCUAAUACAACGGUACAAAUAUAACUUAUGCUGCUUAAUGUUUUAGAAUAAACAGGAACUUAAAGUUGGUCAUCUUUGAAUUAUUUGUUAAAUGUUAUAUUUUGCUAUAGUUUUGACGUAACUAAAACUGAAACAAAACGAAACGAAUAACAAAAAAAUGUGGGGGGACUUACAAAUGCCUUCAUGGAGGUUAUCAAAUCGCUUGAAGGGUACUGCGAGAGGUUAAUGGUUACAUCGUACAUGCUCAUUGAUAGAUGUACAUCUCUUUUGACAUUUAAUAUAUGACAUUCUCCCACGAAUAUUUCAUAAUUUAUUUAUCAAUGAGCGUUUGUUACGAUCGAUUCUAUUUUUAAUACAUGUUUGGAACAAUCCAAAGUCGAUAUUUAUAAACGAUGCACCACUUGUUGAUUUAACAGAACAAUAUAACUAUAAAAUAUAUUGUAAAAGACUAUAUUGGUCGCAUGUAAGAUAAUAUUUAGGAGUUAAUAUAGGGUUUAUUUUAAGUCUAUUUAAAGAUUGUGACUAAGGCGUGAUAUCCACUAGAGGUAGGCAUCUAAGUAAAAAAAAACCUGCUAAUAUAUUGAAUUAAACAAU